AGCGAUUAUUUACGAGUUAAAAAUCCAUCUCCGUGCCCAGUGGCGUUUCCAGUGUUUGAACCGCCGUUGGUCCGUCAGACAUUGAACAAUGGUGACGGCAUACGGAUGAGCUAUUGAGCUACGUGGAUACUGGAAUUUCGGUCACAAACAUGAAACAACACUUUUAUUUCCAUUAUCUGUGAAAUUCGUCCAUCUUUGGAAGAGGAAGAAAAAAAUAAGAAAAAAUAAAAACCUUAAAUUAAAAUUAUAGCACUACGAGAUGGAUUCCCCAUCCGAAUUUUCUUCCUUCCCCCCAUCCCAGACCCAGUUGCCUCCUCAACAAAACCCUAACCCUAUCGUUUUUUUGGAUCCCAACUCCGAUUCUUUCCCAAACUGGGCUGAAAACCCUAACCCUAACUUGCACAACUAUCUUUCCUUCACCGUCCCGAAGAAGAGGAGGCGCGGCAGGUCCCAACGCAACCCGGCGUUGUUUCGCAUCCCUCUCAACCCCAAUGACGCUUCCAAUUCUAACAACAACAACGGUUUCUCGUCUUCCGCUGCGGCAGUCCCCGUUUCGGCUCCUUUGUCGAAAGUCGUCAUCGGAAACCCGCCGCCCCCGCCGCUGUCAAUGUCGAUGCAGUACUCGGUGCCUGACAAUUCCGAUGAGAUUAUUGUGAUCAACAAGGAGCCGAAGACUGAAGCCUUGAUUGCCCUCAGCGCCGGGUUUCCAGCCGAUUCGCUAACCGAGGAGGAGAUCGAAGCGGGGGUUCUCCCGGUCAUCGGAGGGAUAGAGCAAGUGAACUACACUCUCAUUAGGAACCAUAUAAUUGCCAAAUGGCGCGAGAAUGUGUCCCAGUGGGUCACGAAGGAGAUGUUCGUUGACUACAUACCUCAGCAUUAUCACGCUCUUCUUGACUCCGCUUAUAACUACCUCGUCUCGCAUGGAUACAUCAAUUUUGGAGUUGCACCCUUAAUUAAGGAAAAAAUUCCGUUGGAAAUGAGUAAACCGAGCGUGAUCAUCAUCGGCGCUGGCCUGGCCGGAUUGGCGGCUGCUAGGCAGCUGAUGCGGUUUGGCUUUAAAGUAACGGUCUUGGAAGGGAGGAAGCGCGCCGGCGGACGAGUUUAUACGAAGAAGAUGGAGGGAGGGAAUAGGGUGUGUGCAGCUGCGGAUUUGGGCGGGAGUGUUUUAACUGGUACCUUAGGGAAUCCUCUUGGCAUUGUGGCAAGGCAGUUAGGUGAUGUGCUUCAUAAGGUAAGGGAUAAGUGUCCACUUUAUAGUCUCGAUGGAAAGCCAGUUGACCCUGAUAUGGAUGUAAAGGUGGAAAAUGCGUUCAACCGUUUGCUUGACAAGGCAAGCAGGCUUAGACAGUUGAUGGGGGAGGUAUCUAUGGAUGUGUCCCUUGGUGCAGCAUUGGAAACGUUUAGGCAAGUGUACAAGGAUGCGGUGAAUGAUGAGGAGAUGAACUUGUUUAAUUGGCAUCUAGCCAAUUUGGAGUAUGCGAAUGCCGGUUUGUUGUCCCAUCUUUCGCUAGCGUUUUGGGAUCAAGAUGAUCCAUAUGAUAUGGGAGGGGAUCAUUGCUUUUUGCCUGGAGGAAAUGGGAAGUUAGUUCAAGCUUUGGCUGAGAACGUGUCUAUUCUAUAUGAGAAAACUGUACAUACUGUUAGAUACAGUGGUGAUGGAGUGCAGGUUAUUGCAGGAAAUCAGGUCUUUGAGGGUGAUAUGGCAUUGUGCACUGUUCCACUAGGAGUGUUAAAGAAGGGGUCCAUCAAAUUUAUACCUGAGUUGCCUCAAAGAAAACUUGAUGGAAUAAAAAGAUUGGGUUUUGGUCUACUGAAUAAGGUUGCUAUGCUUUUUCCUCAUGUAUUCUGGGAGACAGAUCUUGACACUUUUGGACACCUUACUGAUGAUCCAAGUCGCCGUGGGGAGUUUUUUCUGUUCUACAGUUAUGCCCCAGUUGCUGGUGGUCCACUGUUGAUUGCUUUAGUGGCUGGGGAAGCUGCACAUAAGUUCGAGAGCAUGCCCCCAACAGAUGCAGUCACACGUGUUCUUCAAAUUCUCAAGGGUAUCUAUGAACCAAAAGGAAUUAGUGUUCCUGAACCUAUCCAAACUGUCUGUACUAGAUGGGGAAAUGAUCCUUUCUGCUUUGGUUCUUAUUCUAAUGUUGCAGUUGGAGCUUCCGGGGAUGAUUAUGAUAUUUUAGCAGAAACUGUUGGAGAUGGUAGACUUUUCUUUGCUGGGGAGGCAACCACUAGGCGCUAUCCUGCUACCAUGCAUGGGGCUUUUCUUAGUGGUCUUAGAGAAGCAGCAAAUAUGGCUCACUAUGCUGAUAUUCGAUCCCGAAGAUUGAAGGUUGAUAGGGCUCCUUCAAAUGCUUAUUCUUGUGCUUCCCUUCUUGCGGACUUAUUUAGAGAACCUGAUAUAGAAUUUGGAAGCUUUUCUGCCAUUUUUGCUCGGAAGAAUGCAGACUCCAAGUCACCAGCAAUCUUGCGGGUAACAUUUAGUGAGCAUAGAAAGAAGAGUCAUGAAGUUGCAAAACAGGACCAACAACAGCACUCAAACAAAUUGCUUUUUCAGCAGCUUCAGUCACAUUUUAAUCAGCAGCAGCAGCUUCAUGUUUACACUCUACUAUCAAGGCAACAGAUUCUUGACCUAAGAGAAGUAAGAGGAGGUGAUGAAAUGAGAUUGAAUUACCUUUGUGAAAAGCUAGGAGUGAAGCUGGUGGGAAGAAAAGGCUUGGGGCCUAGUGGUGAUUCUGUCAUUGCUUCCAUUAAAGCUGAAAGGGGCAAUCGGAAACCUCUUUCAACAUCUGCGAUUAUUAAACCAGGGGUAUCGAAACUAAAAGCCGGCAUUAUUAAGCGAAAGCUAAUCAGGAAGGCGAAAGUGGUGAAGAAAACCCAUGGAUCCUUGCUGCACACUAGCACAAAUGUGGUGAAUACAACUAACGUAACGGAAGAGAAUAGGACAGAUCAAGCACUUCCUGGAGUGCCUGUUUUAGGUAACACCCAAAGUGGCUUGUCAAAUCCGUGAAGCGAGCACCUAUAUUCAUCCAGGAGCCUUGCUAAUACAAUAAAAUCAUGGCGUCUCCUUAACAAACAAUUGGAAAGUAAAACUAGGCAUGGAUGAGCUUGAUCAACUUGUCAAAGAAAAGGGCAUAAUAAUGGAUCAAUCUUGACCUGCAUCAACCUAUUCAACCUAUUUUUACUUCUACAUCGUCGCUGAAACACAUUGCAUCCUCAAUAUUAGAGUGUUCUUUUUCUCUUUAAUAAAACUAGAUCCCCAUCACGUUCAGCAACAUAGAACCAAAACUAUAGGACAACCUAAGUGAGCAUAAUACGAUGGAAGUUGUAAGCUGUGUUCGAGGGAAAGUUAUUGUCUAUUGUUGGCUUUUAUAGUAGACAACUGGGGACUGAGAGGCGGUAGCUUAACCUGUGACGAAUGUCAGCGGUUUGAGUUUGCUUAUCUUCAACUCGUGAACUUACCCGAUAAGAUGCUCUCUGGCAUAUGCGUCUGAAAUUCUACACCCCAAAAGUUCAAAACAUUUGAAUUUAAAAGAGUUUUGCUAAUUCAACAAGGGAGAAUGAAGUUGAGAACCAAUAAUUUAGAAACGUUUGACUAUUUUAUUGAAAUUCUACACCCAAUAGUUGACAAUCAAUAAGACAAUAACCCCCUUUUAUUUUCUUACGCAUCCACAACCUAUAAUUCCUUUCUUGCCCACUGUAUCCUCUCACUCUUACACACCCAUAAUGUAACCUCUUUUUACCCUUUACUAUUUCAUUGUGCAAAUAGAAGUUGCAUAUUGACUCUGGAAAUUUUCAUUGGUAUGUUGGGUACAUGACUUCUAUGGUUUAGUACACGGCCUAUGUUCUAGCCAAAAAAUUAUAAGGUUGCUCACAUUUGUGUUGUGAAUUUGUAGGAAUUUAGAAUUUCAUUGUACAAAAAAAUAAGUUGGAUAUUGAUUCUGGGAAUUUUAGUUGCUACUGUUAGAGGGUACAUGGUUCAUGUGGCCUCCGAAGAAUUGAAAGGUCGGCUCUGAUGGCAAAUCCCGUUGCCCGCGGGUAUGAUUAAUCUGGAAAACAUUAUUGAGGUUUGUAACUAGUUUAAUUUCUUGUA